ACUCGCCUCCAAAUUUAGCCUCUGAGUGCAAUGAAAAUACUUUCCUGCAAAUUUGGCAUGGAAUUAUUGAAACCCAAUAGUUUUUAUUUAUUCGUUGCUAAGGCUUUAAAUGAAGGAAUCCUGUUUAAUUUCACUCAAGUAAAGAAACGCUCGAACAUAUAAGGAUCGAGUGCAUGGAAGAGUGGUCAUUACAAGUCGGGCACUAGAGGACCACUGUUCAGAUGUGAAUAGCUCUAAGCAAAUAAACUAAUCACCUGCCUCUAGAAGAAAUCAAUUGUACACUUUGAAUAAACCGUGUCUUCAAGCUGUUCUCGAGAUAAUUUUUACCUGGAUAGAAGAGAAGCUUCUUGUGAGAAUAACCGUGCAAUAAUCAGCGUGUUCAUCGAACGUUCAUCAGCUUGGAGAUUUAAAAAGAAAAUGGAUCCAAGAAUUCUUCUCGUAUUCACACUCGCCACUAUGACGUCACACUGCCUAGCUUUUAACGUAAGGAGACAACACUCGGACGAUGCCAGAUCCCUUGCCGUCGAGUCGGCAUUACCAGGCGAUAGAACUGGUGCAAUCAGUACGAAACACUCAAACGACAUGCCAUUACUUGCAACGACAAAAGAAAUCGAAGAAGUUCUUUUUGCCAGCGGGGACGAUGAGGGAAAAGUGAGCUCUUCAGAAAAUGACCUGUUUGAGGAAAUAGAGGAAACCGACUUCUUGACAUCAAAACCUAAAUCAAAGGAUAUUCCCAAAAUAGUUGCGGGCACCGGAAACGCUUCCCCAGAUACUUCCUCCAAAACGUACCUAAACAUAGAUACACCUCUCGAAGCCCCAACCGCAGAGGGCGCUGUAAAAGAAUUACCCACCGGUGGCAGCGGGGAGGACGAUGUGGAGGAAUCAGCAAGUGGCUUUGGCUUCACAGUCACUUCGAAUGGAGAGGAGGAUGCGGCAAUGAGAAACAAGAGGAAUAUCCAAGACGCGGUAGACGACAUGCAUGCCUGCAGGUACCCUACAGAGAGAGAACUAACGACCAUGCUCCAGGACCAGGUUGGUCACUAUGUGCCAAGGUCUCAGAGUGGUAUCUCACAUCAGUAUCAGAACACAUGCAAUAGUUCGCUAUUCGAUGUUACUCAGGAGAAGCGAGAGCAGAGAGCACUAUGCCCUUACAAGAUGGUUACGAAUGUAGACAACCAAAGAUUCCCCAGGGAGAUUUCCUACGCAAGUUGUGCCUGCAACAAAUGCGUCAACAGUAUUAAUACAGAUUUCCUGCCAAGGAGCCGAGCUAAGUGUCUGCCAGUUACUCGCCAGACAGAAGUACUUAGACGUGGCCAGUGUGAUGUCAGUACCGGUGUUUACAGGUUUCACAAAGAACUAAUUCAAGUGCCGGUCGCUUGUGUAUGUACGAGAACGCGAAGCGCCACGUUUGGUUGACCUGACGGGGUCAAAAUCUUCUCCAAAGUGCUGUUUGUAUUUCUAUUUAUUUAUUUAGCAUGCUCGUUGUUCCCUCUCCCUCUGUUUUAAAGAAAAUUAGGUAUCUUGAAUUACUUUCCCCUCUCUUUUCUUUAAUUUUCCUCCCCUUCUACCAUCCGUUGUCUGUGUUAUAGUCUUGUAAAAUCGCUUUAUAGAUAUUAAAAAAAUAUAUAUAUUGACUUAAGGAAAUGUACUAAACUAUUGUUGAAAAAAAAAUGUUUUCACUUUGAUGCCUGUACCUCAGUGUAAAAUGACCAUAAAAAGGACCUCAGUUUUCAAUGCAUUCAUCGUAUGUGGUGAGGAAGUAACAUAUUAAGUUAUUUAUCUAUUUAUAUAUAUGGUGUGUGAAUAUUUACUUUGGCAUGUUUGUAUUACAUUAGCUUAAGAAGCAUACCUCAUUCUGUGAUAUAUGUUUUUCUUUUAAAUGAAUGAAAUUAAAGGAAUGGCAUGGGAAAUAAUGGAAUGGACGUGAAUUCAAAUUACUAUGAUAAUUGGUUUUUAAGUUUCAGAAAGCAAGGAAUAUACAUUACUCACCUACAUGAUAUUUAACGUUAUACAUUAAUCAUGAUAAUGAUGAGUUUAUAGUAAUUCAAUUGUUUUCGAAAAAAAACUCUUGGCCUAUAAUUUUGUAUUUAUUGAAAUGGAAAUAUGUUAAUAACUUUCUUUACAAAGAUUUAUGAAUCGUUAAUGUCUAAAUGUGUUUCAAUUCAAUUUUUACCUAAAGUUAACGUAUAUUGUAUUGUCAUGUUUAAGGUAUAUCUAUUUGUACAAUGGUAUAUUUAUUCUAUUGAUUGCAUAUCUAUUCUUCUUGACUAUAGUUUCGUGUUAUUGUGUAUUUAUGUAUCAUUUCUGUGAAAUGGAAUAUUUCGUUACCUACUAUGGGGCAUUUCGUUCCUACUAUGAAACGACGCGUUAAAACUGAAUGAUUAUUGUUAAUCAUUGAUUCUAUAAGCACUUAUAGUGCCUUUAAAUGUCUGGAGCUGAGGAAGACCUUUAUUCAGGUUGAAAAAUAACCCCUUGUUAGAAUGUAUGUAACUUAACUUUUUCAUUGGAUUUUUACUGAUGGCAAAAAGGUUUAAUUAUAUACUAGGAUAAGCAUCAAACCUGGAAAUUAUUGCAUGAAUUGCCUUGCAAUUAAAAUAUGAUAAUAUUGUGGUCUGGAUUUUUGGAGUGACUGAAAUGGGGUUAUUGUUCUAUCUGAGUGAAGUGCUCCCUCGCUUUCUAGAUUUGUGUGUAUCUCUAUUUUAUUACAUGUACUUCCUAUGGAAAACAGUUGCCUAUUGUUUCACUAAUGAUGUUUAUGCAUUUUUAUGUCACUUAUAUAUUGCAUUUUUAAGCAUUGUCUAUAUUUUUUUAUCAAUUAAGGUAUAAAGCAUUAUGUUAUUGUUGUUUCUCUGACUAUUUUUUUAUAGCUUCGUUGAUAUUACGAAUCGCUUUAAAUUCCUCAAAUCAACAACAUUAACAAAAUGUUAAUUAUUAUAUGCUUUUGUAACUGUAUUUGACUUCGUCUUAAGUAUUGCUAUGUUUACUGCUCGAAUGAUGUCCUAUUUAUUCUACGAAAAACCUUGAUAUUUAAUAAACUUAGAUUAUCUUCUU